GGAAACCGGGCCUCGUCUUAAUGCAGCGCGACGGGAGCCUGAUGAUCCCCAACCCCGGCCGCCUACACCGCGGCAUGUACUACUGCCUCCUGCGGCACGCAGAGGGAACCACACUGUGGCCCUACGAGCUGCACGUUGACCGCGAGCACACUCGAAGCGGAGCGCUCCGGUUCAACCGGGACGUGGAGCCGGCGGGAGCCUCAGGCGGUCGGCUCGCCGGAGCUGUGGCAGCGUCAGUGCUGUUGACCUUUGUGGUGGGCUUCAGCGCUGGAGCUCUCAGCAGGACUCCAGUUCUCAGGUGUUUAGGAGCAGUUACUACAAGGUUGCGAUCACCAUCGCAACAACAUUGCCGAACUGAGGUCACUAUGACAACCCUGCCGCCAAUGUACGACAACCAGGCCUUUAAGAUGGCGCACGACGACGCUGCAGAUUGUGCAACCGAGGAGACGACAACACCUCCCCCUGCCAAACCUCAAAGAAGCUUCCGGCAAAAACGGCAGGAGGCGGCGCAGAACCCCACGGCCUAUCUGGAGGGAUGUGACAACAUCGAGGAAGAAGGAGGGAGUCAGAAGGAAAGGAAUAAAGGGUGUGAUGGGGAGGCAGAGGAGGAAAGAGAGGUCUGUGGUUUCUAUCUGGAGGACGGAGUGAGUCAAAGAGAAACAGACGAGGACAAGUGCAGUGAGGAUGUAGAGGAGAAAGAUGGAGAGAGCAAGGAGGAAAAUGAGGGGUGGAGACAGGUGGAGGACAGGAGCAAGGAGGAUGGAGGCGAGAGGAAGGGAAAUGCGCAAAAGAGGAAAGAUCAAGAAGAGGUAGAAGACAGAGAGGAGAGGAAAGAGGAUGAUGGAGAGACAGGCAUUAGCAAACGGGAGGAGGAAGGGGGAGACACUCCGUUGUCCCCGGGCCGCCGUAGCCGCGUCAUCCGCCUGUACCAGUACGACGAGGACGGCCGGCGAUACGAUCACCUUCCGGACGCCGCUGCCGAGCCAAACCCGGCCCAGAGGCGCAAGCAGCGCUCCCUGUCAUUGACGCGCCUCAACGCCAUCAUGGCCGCCUCAGCGGGGCCCCUGGACACAAGAGAGACGGACAGGGGAGAGGAGAGGCCCCACUUCCACAUGGAGAUAUAGACCCUCUCACAGGUGGCCGUCUUCAAAAAGAAGCACAUGAUGGCGGCACGAGGAGUUUUGCCCCAAUAUCACGACAGUGUUUU